AUGUCAAGCUCAGUUGGACAGAAAAAAGGGUCUACAAGACAGCGCAAAUGUGGCUUUUGUAAAUCUAAUAGAGACAAAGAAUGUGGACAGUUAUUGAUAUCUGAAAACCAGAAGGUGGCAGCACAUCACAAAUGUAUGCUUUUUUCGUCUGCAUUGGUGACCUCACACUCUGAUAAUGAGAGUCUUGGUGGAUUUUCUAUCGAAGAUGUUCAGAAGGAAAUAAAAAGAGGCACUAAACUGAUGUGCUCUUUAUGCCAUUGUCCAGGAGCAACAAUUGGCUGUGAUGUGAAAACGUGUCGCAGGACAUAUCACUACCACUGCGCAUUGCAUGACAAAGCUCAGAUACGAGAGAAACCUUCACAAGGAAUUUACAUGGUUUAUUGCCGAAAACACAAGAAAACUCCACAUAACUCUGAAGCCACUGACGUAGAAGAGGGUAUCAAUGAGCAUGAAUUGGAGCCUUCAUCACCCAUGGGGAAAAAGAAGAGUCGCAAAGGAAGGCCAAGAAAAAUGAUUUUAAAGGGGCAAUCAGAAGAUAAUAGAUCUACAUCUUCUCAUGGCACAGAUGAAAUAGAGAGCAGUUCCUAUAGAGAGAGAUCUCCACACAGAAGCAGUCCCAGUGAUACCAGGCCCAAAUGUGGAUUUUGUCAUGUAGGUGAAGAAGAGAAUGAAGCAAGAGGAAAGCUUCAUAUAUUUAAUGCCAAAAAGGCAGCUGCGCAUUAUAAGUGCAUGUUAUUCUCUUCUGGCACAGUUCAACUCACAACAACAUCAAGAGCAGAAUUUGGUGAUUUUGAUAUUAAAACUGUCCUUCAAGAGAUUAAGCGUGGAAAACGGAUGAAGUGUACACUUUGUAGCCAGCCCGGUGCUACCAUUGGAUGUGAAAUAAAAGCUUGUGUCAAGACUUACCAUUACCACUGUGGCGUGCAAGACAAAGCUAAAUAUAUUGAAAAUAUGUCACGAGGGAUUUACAAACUGUACUGUAAAAACCAUAGUGGAAAUGAUGAGAGAGAUGAAGAAGAUGAAGAACGAGAAAGCAAAAGCCGGGGAAAAAUAGGAAGUGAUCAUAGUGGCUUCCCUCAGCAGCAACUCAAUGGAAACUAGGUUCAAGGGACAGAGAGUUAGAAAACUGGGAAUGAAUAAGACAUCCAUAACUACUAUUCUUUUUCACUGUUUUCUAAAAUAAGAAAGGGUUAGGAACUUUCUACUGCCUGACGCUAUUAGAUCCUUCAUUGAGCUGCCUGAGAUGUUCAUGUGUGUGAGCCUUCAAUAGUGGCAGAGUUUUACUUGUUGAUAUUAUGUAGUUUGUAGUCUGCAGUGUCUGGAAAAAAAAAUAGAAACACUCAAUGAUAUGUACAGUGUCAAAAGUUAAGGCAGACAUUGAAAUGAACUAUUUCUGAACUGAAUAAACUUCUAAGAUCUGGAAUGUGUAAAAUGUUUAGUGGAUUCAGUAUCAAGGAAAAGUUGAAGCCAGUUGUACUUCACAUUGCAGACGUGGCCAGGGGUGACAGCACAGUUAAUUAUGAGUUUUGUGAUUUCUCCACACGCAAACAAAAUCGAGGCUCCAAAGGAAGAUGGCCUCCUGUUCUUCCUCUCUUUGCUUGGAAAGCACAUGCAUAAAAGAAAUUUUCUUUACCACAAAGUGUGCUAAAUAAAGAUUUUUCAGUUUGUUCCAGUUGAAGUUGUUCCCACUUACCAGCAUGGACUCCAAGCAACUGGUGAGCUCCAGUGCUUACGCCAAAGGGCUGUGUGUAUUUUCUUUUUUUCUAACUCCCCUUGCCUCCCCUUCCAGGCCCCCCCUCCCCCACCCCCUUUGCCCAUAUACCUUUCUUCUUUCCAAAAUAUACCAAGAGCUUUGGGCAAAAGUGGUUGAAAUCUUUAUACUAACAUAUGGAAGCGGCAAAUUAAACCUCCUUGAAAUUUAGAGGGUCAUUAUUCACUAAGGAAUUUAGCCACCGUGUCUGAAACCCACACCUCUCAAGUGCCCUGUUGUAUGGAACACUUCACAAAUUGGUCCCAAGUAUGAAAGUAGGUCUUGUGUGCUAUAGGAAUAAUAAAGACUCUUUUUAUUCAUAAAGCAGCAGUAUUUCUUUUGAUUAUGUGACCACUAUUUUAGAAACCAUAUUUAACAUUUUUGACUUUUUUGAGUCAUCACUUUGAUUUUUCGGCCCUACUGUUAUCUUGUGUGUGUAGGGC